CCGAAAUUAAAAAUAAGUAACCUUGGUUUUCAAAAAAUAAAAUAAAAUAAGUAACCUUGAGAAGAAAAACAAUGGUUGAAAAUAAUCUCGUAAUCCACAAACAGUAGUCGUAUAUUAGAAAAUAGAUUCGCCUCGUCUAUGCCCGUCGAUCUAGCCACCCUCAUUUUUCACUCACCACCACCAACACACUCCCACAUCCCACUCACUCUUUACUCCACUUUCUCUCUCCUCCCUCACCUUUACCCCCCUUUCUCACUUUCUCUCUCCUCAACAGCAUUCACUCUCUUCCCCAGAUCUGCUCCAUUUUCUCUCUCCUCUUAUCUCCUCCAAACCCUAACAAUGGAGGAGGCUCUCGAACUCGCCCGAGCUAAGGACACCAAACAACGCAUGGCUGCCGUCGAACGUCUCCACCACCUUCUCGAAUCUUCCAGAAAACCAUUGUCUUCUUCCGAAGUUACUUCUCUUGUUGAUACUUGCUUAGAUCUUCUUAAGGAUAACAAUUUCAGAGUUUCUCAAGGCUCUCUCCUUGCUCUUGCUUCUGCUGCUGUUAUUUCUGGUGACCAUUUUAAAAUUCACUUUAAUUCUCUUGUUCCUGCUACUGUUGAGCGUCUUGGUGAUGCUAAACAGCCUGUUCGCGAUGCCGCUCGCCGUCUCUUGCUUACUCUUAUGGAGGUUUCGUCACCUACAAUUAUUGUGGAAAGAGCUGGUUCCUAUGCUUGGGAGCAUAAAAGCUGGAGAGUCCGGGAAGAAUUUGCUCGCACAGUGACAUCAGCAAUGAAUUUGUUUGCAUCUACGGAGCUCCCUCUCCAAAGGGCCAUUCUUCCUCCAAUAUUGCAUAUGUUGAAUGAUCCCAAUCACAGUGUUAGGGAAGCUACAAUAUCCUGCAUCGAGGAGAUGUAUAUGCAGAUUGGGCCUCAAUUCCAAGAAGAACUACAAAGGCAUCAGCUUCCAUCAUAUAUGGUAAAAGAUAUUAAUGCGAGGUUGGAGAGGAUUGAACCAAAGCCCCGUUCUUCUGAUGGCGCUGUUAGUAGUAGUAUUGUUAAUGAGCAUAAGGUUACUAAUCAUAAUCCCAAGCGAAACAGUCCCAAAGCGAAAAAUUCUUCUCGUGAAACGUCUUUGUUCGGAGCUGAUGGAGAUGUUACUGAAAAGCCAGUAGACCCUGUAAAAGUUUACUCAGAGAAGGAGCUAAUCAGGGAAUUUGAGAAAAUUGCUUCGACACUUGUACCAGAAAAGGAUUGGUCUCACCGUAUUGCAGCCAUGCAGAGAUUUGAAGGCCUUGUAAUUGGAGGUGCUGCUGAUUACCCAUGUUUCCGGGGAUUGCUAAAGCAACUUAUUGGUCCUUUGAGCACACAGCUUUCCGAUCGUAGGUCAAGCAUAGUUAAGCAAGCUUGUCAUUUAUUGAAUUUUUUGUCAAAGGAGUUGCUGGGAGACUUCGAGGCUUGUGCGGAGCAUUUUAUUCCUGUUCUUUUCAAGCUUGUUGUGAUAACAGUGCUCGUAAUUGCAGAGUCUGCUGAUAAUUGCAUUAAGACGAUGUUGCGUAACUGCAAAGUUGCUCGUGUACUUCCUCGAAUAGCAGAUUGUGCUAAGAAUGACCGAAAUGCAGCGCUGCGUGCCAGGUGUUGUGAUUAUGCACUGUUAGUCCUAGAACAUUGGCCUGAUGAACCUGAAAUACAGCGAGCAGCUGAUCUAUAUGAAGAUAUGAUUAGACGUUGUGUUGGUGAUGCUGUGAGCGAGGUACGAACAACUGCAAGGGCUUGCUAUAGAAUGUUUGCGAAAACCUGGCCUGAUCGUUCUAGAAGGCUAUUUCAAUCAUUUGAUCCUGUUAUACAGAGGAUAAUUAAUGAAGAAGAUGGGGGUUUACAUAGAAGGCAUGCAUCUCCUUCUGUUCGCGAAAGAAAUGUGCCAAAUACACCUCAGUCAUCUGCUUCUUUAAAUAUGCCUGGUUAUGGUACUUCUGCUAUUGUUGCAAUGGACAAGACUGCAACUCUAUCCUCUAGAGCAUCAGUUUCUUCUGGGAUGCUUUUGUCUCAAUCAAAGUCUCUUGAUAAAGGGUCUGACCGUAGCCUGGAAAGUGUACUGAAUUCCAGCAAAGAGAAAGUUUCGGCAAUUGAAAGUUUGCUUAGAGGUCUAGAUUUGUCUUCAAAACAUAAUUCGUCAACUAUUAGAUCUUCUAGCCUUGAUCUAGGAGUUGACCCUCCUUCGUCUCGUGAUCCUCCAUAUCCCCUUGCCGUUCCUGCUUCAAAUCAAGUCACAAGCUUAUCACUGGAUUCAAAGUUGUCAUCAGUCACUGGAAAUAAAAACCGCAAUGGUGGCAUGGCUCAUUCUGACAUGUAUUCUCAUUUGCAUGCUUCGAAAGAUGCUGGUAAAUUAUCAUAUCUUAGUGGUCUCAUGAAUGAGCCAUCAUCAACAUUGAUGUCAUACUCAGCAAAGAGAGCUUCAGAAAGAGCACACGAGAGAAACUUUACUGAAGAUCAAACUGACAUCAGAGAUUCUAGAAGAUACAUGAACUCACACAUGGAUAGGCAAUAUGCUGAUACACCUUAUAGAGAAUCAACUUUUAGAGAUUCAAGUUAUGUUCCGAAUUUUCAGAGACCACUAUCAAGAAAAAAUGUCACAGGUAGGAGUACAUCUUCAAGCAGGAGGAGAAGUUUUGAUGACAGCCAUCUUCCUCUUGGGGAAACACCAAGUUUUGUGGAAGGCCCAGCUUCUCUUCAUGAGGCUCUAGGUGAGGGACUAAGUCCAAGCUCUGACUGGUGUGCCAGAGUUGCUGCUUUUAACUAUAUACGAUCUCUGCUGCAGCAAGGCCCAAGCGGUAUUCAGGACAUUGUUCAAAAUUUUGAAAAGGUGAUGAAGCUCUUUUUUAAGCAUCUGGAUGAUCCUCAUCAUAAGGUUGCCCAGGCUGCUCUUUUAACUCUCGCAGAGAUAAUUCCCGCUUGUAGAAGACCUUUUGAAAGUUACAUGGAAAGGAUUUUGCCACAUGUGUUCUCCCGGUUGAUUGAUCCAAAAGAGGUAGUUCGUCAGCCUUGCUCGACAACAUUGGAUAUUGUGGGCAAAACCUAUGGGGUGGAUUCUUUGUUGCCUGCAUUGCUUCGUUCACUGGAUGAACAGCGAUCACCUAAAGCAAAAUUGGCUGUUAUUGAAUUUGCAAUUGGCUCUUUUAAUAAGAAUUCUGUUACGUCUGAAGGUGCUGGUAACAUUGGCAUAUUGAAGUUGUGGCUUGCAAAAUUGACACCUCUAGUUCAUGAUAAAAAUACUAAACUUAAGGAGGCUGCUAUUUCGUGUUUUAUAUCAGUCUAUACCCACUAUGAUCCCACAAAUGUAUUGAAUUUUAUCCUAAGCUUAUCUGUUGAAGAGCAAAAUUCAUUGAGGCGAGCUCUGAAGCAGUAUACACCUCGUAUAGAAGUGGAUUUGAUGAACUAUUUGCAAAGCAAGAAAGAGAGACAGCGUUCAAAGGCUGCUUAUGAUCCAUCUGAUGUUGUGGGGACGUCUUCUGAAGAGGGCUAUAUGGGAGUAUCUAAGAAAACGAGCUAUUUUGGAAGAUAUUCUGCUAAUUCCCCUGACAGUGAUGGAGGCAGGAAAUGGAAUCCAAUGCUGGAUUCAACAUACUCAAGUGGUCGUACCAAUCACGCUACUACUGAUGAAUCGCACGCUAACCUGUACGAGAGUCAUGAAAGUGGAUCUGGUCACGAGAUUCUAGAUUCAAGAAUUAAAGAUAAGUAUAUGGGUAAUAACAGUGGUGAAAGUGUAGGAUAUUGGGCCAGUCGAUUGGAAAAUGUGGACAGUAGUGACAAUCCAGGCGUUUUGUCCACUCCACGUAUGGACACUAAUGGACUUAAAAAGAGUUCGGACAGUAUUGGGGCCAGCGCAGAAUUGCAACAUGAAAAUGGUUUCUCAGAUGAUUUGGCUACAGACCAUACUAAAACUGGAGUGUUGAAGAUUGCCUCCAGUUCAGAAUCUGGUCUGAGCAUUCCUCAAGUUCUUCACUCAAUUUGCAACGGGAAUGAAGGAAGCUCCGCCGACAGCAGGCAAAGUGCAAUUCAUCAAUUGAUCAAAGCAUCUGUAUCAAAUGAUUCCUCCAUGUGGAGCAAGUACUUCAAUCAGAUCUUAACUGCUGUGCUUGAGGUAUUAGAUGAUCCUGAAUCUUCUGUUAAAGAACUUGUACUAUUGCUGAUUGCUGAAAUGCUAAGAAAUCAGAAAGAAGCCAUGGAAGAAUCUGUUGAAAUUGUAAUGGAAAAGCUGCUUCAUGUUUCAAAGGAUACUGCUCCCAAGGUUGCUAAUGAAGCAGAGAACUGCUUGACUACGUUGUUGGCCCAGUACUACCCAUUUAGAUGCUUGAGUGUGAUUGUUCCUCUGUUGGUUGCAGAGGAUGAGAAGACUCUUGUUGCUUCCAUAAAUUGUUUGACCAAGCUUGUGGGCAGGUUGUCUCAAGAGGAAUUGAUGAAUCAGUUGCCGUCUUUCUUGCCAGCUCUGUUUGAUGCAUUUGGGAAUCAGAGUGCUGAUGUGCGCAAGACAGUUGUAUUUUGUCUGGUUGACAUUUAUAUCAUGCUUGGGAAAGCAUUCCUGCCAUAUCUGGAGGGACUUAACAGUACUCAAUUGCGUUUGGUGACGAUUUAUGCUAACCGCAUCUCACAAGCUAGAACGGGGACUCCAAUAGAUGCUGGCCAAUGAUCUUUAUAGAGGGUCUUGGUAUUUCCAAAUUCAUUGUUGUGUAUUCUGUAAAUGGUGUGAAAAAUGCAUCGUGGUGUUCGUGUGUGGGUAUUCAUUUGUGGCAUUUAUUAGCUUUAGAAAUGUAGUUUUUGGUGUUCGCCCUCGUCCAUUACAAGCAGGGUGAGGGGUAGGUGUGUGGAAAGAGAUUUUAUGAAUUUUUUCUCUUCUGGUGUUAAUAUUAAAUUAUUCUUUCCGAAUCAUACUUUGGUUUGAUUAUUGUACUGGUUUUGAAAUGAUUGAAGUUUUUGGAAUGUAUAUAACUGUUGAUUACAUGAUUUAUAACUAUAUACAUGGUUUUGGUUCGCCUUUAUUCAUACUUGGUACGGAGUAUUUAAUUAGUUUUGUUUUGGAUAUUGUAAGGUUUAUACUUUGCUCUUAUUUCGAUAUAUGUAGUUUUUUUUUUUUUUUUUCCUUUCCUGGUGUUAGUAUUAAAUUAUUCUUUCCGAAUCAUACUCUGGUUUGAUAACCUGGUUUUGAAAUGAUUGAGGUUUUUGGAAUGUAUAUAACUGUUGAUUACA